UGGGAUUUAUACACACCCAGCUUCAUCUAAUUUCGCCUCAUUUCCCCAUUAGCAUAUGUUACGCUAUGUUAGACAAGACUGUUUGCCCUGGCUUAGCUAGUGUGCUGCGGCUGAUCGAAAAAGGCCCCAUCCUUUCAGACAGACCGCCAACCUUUCACAAUUCAAGGUUGCUUGGCCAUGAAAAAUGGCUAGGAUAAGUAAUGCCCUUUAUAGUAAACGCAUUCUACCUAAUUAUAUCACCCGUUUCUCUAUCCUCCAAACGGCCUCGUUUAUCGUUGAUACUCUCUUCGGGCGAGUGAACAGGCUCAUCACUUUCACUCUCCACAUCAAUCCCGCAGCCGAGAAUGGAAUCCAAAAGCUCGCGUUUGGAGCUACCUGGCUUCGGAAAACCUCUGACCCUGUUGUCAGAGGACCAGAAGGAAGAAUUUUUCCUGCAUGCGCUAUCGGAGCAUCGACGGUUUGCGAGUAAGGGCCUCAAACUUCGGGAGAUCCGCAUGAUGGAAUUUACGAACCAAAUUACGGACAAGCCCGAAUGGGAUCGCAAAGUGGUUGACGAGGAAAUCGUGAGCAAGUGGUGCAAGGAGGCAAUGGGCCCUGAGGCGCAGGCCACACACCUCGAUGGCGAUGUAUAUAUGUCUCAAAAAAUGUUCGAUAAUUGCAUUAAAGAGCUCCGCGACAAGGCCAUCGAGUAUCGGAAUACUGGAAUAGUCAGUAUCCUUGAUGCAGAGGUUGCAGUAGCUAAAUCAGACUCGGCUAUCCCGACUUCUCUGGCCGAGUUGCUGAAAGCUGCUGUGAAGCCCUUAGAGGACGUGCCAGACCAUCAGAAAGAUUGGCAUCCCGGGUCAAACAACAAGGUCCUAGAUCUACUACAUCCGUCACUUUUCCCAAUGGUCUACGGUACGUCGCGGGUUCUGCCAUACGGCAAGGUUCCCCUUCGCGGCUGUGCGGAAUUCACUGGUAGUGGCGAAACCUAUGAUUUGCCCUAUAAAGAACCACGAAGAGGAGAACCGUGUAUGUUUGGCAGCACUCAGUGGCUUCCUAGCGACAUCGCUUGGUCUCCUUCAGGCGAUGCCAAGAUUACUAGUUACAUCAACAAUCUACAUCCAGACGAUCAUAAGGAGUUAUACGCAGUUCUUGAGCAGUUCGUUGCCGCCGCGGUGCCCCUUUGGGAAUUAUGUCUAUAUACAUACUCAUGCCCACGGAUCACCCAAGAACCCCUAGGCGAUGAGGAAGAUUUCUACAUCCCUGAAGGCGUGGUCUAUGAUCGUCCACCGCUUCAGGAAGACGAGGACGAGGAGGACUAUUUGUAUACAGAUGAAUACUUCGAUUGGAGAAACGAGCACCACAUACUUGUUUGGCCAGAGCCAGAUGACUAUCGUCAUUCUCGCGCAUGCUCUUCUCACGCACGCUCUGCAGAGAUGCAGCCCAAUCUCCGAACCAAGUUCCCUGAUGGAAUUCAAGUGAUCUUCAAGCUCGCCAACAUCCAUCUAUCGCCUUCCGAUCCCAAAUUCGAAGGCGGCUCUCUACACAUCGAAGGCGCGCUCAAUGACCGCAUUGUAGCAACAGCACUCUUCUACUACGAUUGUGAAAACAUCACUGAAAGUGCUCUGACUUUUCACCACCCUGUGGACGCUGAGGAAUUGCGCAUGGUCCCCCCGCAGAACGAAUACGAGUCCUUGGAACGCUGGCUGGGAAUCUCAACUGAUGACGCGGCGCUGCAGCUGCUUGGGAGGGUGAUCACGCGGGAGGGGAGGUUCAUCGCAUUUCCUAAUGUGCUGGCUCAUCAAGUACAACCGUUCGAACUCGUCGAUAAAAACCGGCCAGGCCACAGGAAGAUCCUAGCUAUGUUCCUUGUCGACCCGCAUACGCGUGUCCUGUCGACAUCCGUUGUGCCACCUCAGCGUAAAGACUGGUGGGCUCGGGAGGUUAGGAAGGUCAGUCCGCUGCGUGAAUUGCCGAGGGAGAUAUUUGAUUUGAUCAUUGAAUUCGUCCAUGGCUUCCCCAUGAGCUGGGGAGACGCGCUGGCCACUCGGGAAGUCCUGAUGCGCGAGCGAACCUCGAUACGAGAAGAAUUCGACGAAGAGAUGAGGAUGGUGAGUUUGCAGUUUUCUUUGUGAUUCUUACGCUCCCUCCCCAUGGCAUAAAGAUAUUGGAAACUAAUUUGUUGCUCUGUAGAACGUAUAUAACUUCUGUGAGCAUUGAACAAUAUUUCGUAUAACUAGUGGUUAAAAGAAUAUCAAGACACGUUAUGUUAUGAGCUUUUCAUGCUUGCGCUUGUUUCGUACGGGGAUUUCGCGAAGGUCCAUCCAAUAUAGUGACAUAGCUCGACCAAUUCAAAGAGAUCACAAUUU